UCGAUACCGCGCUUGUAAACAAGCCGCAUGUAGGGCAUAGCUUAUUUGUUACAAUUUACGUGUUAUUAUUAUUCAUGUUUCGUGUCUUUAUAUAACGUUAAUUUAACAUUUUGUAAAAUGGAUUCUAAUAAUGUCGGUUAUUCCUAUCAUUUGCCGUCCGGUGGAUGGAAUUACAAAAUACGCAAUACGCUUUCGCAAUUCAGCGACUUGUUCAGUGAAUUCAACAAAUAUAUAGCUCCGGCAUAUCACCAUGACAGGUGUGAAAGGUCGGUUCAAAUGAGGAUAUAUUCAAUGCACAAAGGGGAAUUCGUGAUGGUUUUUAUAGCAUUUUUUGCUUGCUUCGGUCUCGGAGUUUUCAUAGGACUGGCAGGGCCCUCGCCUACGCUGACUACGUCAAUAACAGCGAGCAGUGUGCUGGAUAACGGCAGCAUGAUAUACCAGGGACCCUUCCACCUCCACAGCCCAGCCCUGGGCACCAGAGUGCAGCAGCUGUGGCUGUUCGCCGAAAUACUCACGGAGAAUAAUGAUGAGGAAAUAUUCGACAAGAGCUUCCAGAUUAGUAUAUCUAUAGACGGCGUUCGCGCCGACCAUUCCACCAUCAACUUACUCCCAGAAAACGAAUCCACGAAUACGACACAACAUCUGAAAUGCCACAAGCAGCUGUGCGAGGAAGUUAUGGUGUUGCACCUGGCCUCGCUCGAGUACACUCACUACAUACUGAACAUUCGCUUCUACGGGCUCGGGGAGUUCCACAAACGUUACUACAUGAGGGAGAUUGUGUUCUAUUUUAAAAUGUACAACCCAGCGUUCACGCAAAUGGAGACUUGGUUUAGAUUUAUUUUCCUGUUGGCCACAUUUGUUGUUACGUGCUGGUUCACGCACUCCCUCAGGAAGUAUCCGUCCCACGACUGGGCGAUCGAGCAGCGCUGGCUGUCAGUGAUGCUGCCGAUGCUGCUCCUCUACAACGAUCCGCUGUUCCCGCUGCGGCUGGUGUCGGCGAGCUGCUUCGCGCCGCUGAUGGACUCGGUGUUCCAGGCGACCUUCUUCGCGGGCCUCAUGCUGUCCUGGCUGGCACAAUACCACGGGCUGCGACAGAACGACCGCGGCUUCGUGUCGUUCUACCUGUUCAAGCUGGUGGUGGUGGGCUCGGUGUGGGCGCCGGCGAUGGUCGUCACCGUCUGGCAGAAAUAUUACGCGUAUUACGAUCCCACCUUCAACUACAUGAUGUCGCCCAACUAUCCGAUCGUAAAGACGAUGUUCUUCACGGGCCUCGCCGUGUACUUCCUGUACCUACUCAUACUCAUAGUGAAGGCCUACAGUGAUUUAAGGAACAUGCCGUUUUUUGACGUGCGACUGCGCUGCGUGUCUGCGGGCGCGGGCGCGGCGGCGGCGCUGGCGGGCGCGGUGUGCGCGCGGGGGUGGGGCGGCGCGGCGCUGCAGGACCACUGGGCGGCGCGGCACCCGCACGACACGUCCGCGCCCUUCAUGGCGCUCUACUCGCUCUUCAACUUCGACCUCUACGCGCUCGCCUACCUGUACUCGCCGCCCACGGUCGAGCCCCACGAAACGUCCAUAACAAAAGACAAUCCCGCCUUCUCGAUGAUCAACGAUUCGGACGAGGACGUCAUCUAUGGCUCGGACGAAGACAGCCGGCGGCCCCUCAACUCGCACCAUCGAGUCAGCACAGAAGACAUAUGAUUCCACCCGCGGACAUUAUAAACUAUUUUCAUUGUAUCACGUAACCGAUCUUGUUAUGUAUAAAAUAUUAAAUUAUUUUUUAUUUAAUUUGGUUUU